AUGAAGAUAUUCAGCACCGUUCUUGCCACUCUGGCUCUCGUCCCUUCAGUCUGGGGCCACGGAUACAUGACGAUUCCUAAAAGCCGCACUCGUCUUGGAGCAGAGGCCAAGCUCGACUCUUGUCCAGAGUGCUCCAUCCUCGAGCCAGUCAACGCCUGGCCCAACGUUACAGAGGCCCGCGUCGGCCGGAGCGGCCCCUGCGGCUACAACGCCCGCGUCAGCAUCGACUACAACAAGCCCGGCAGCGACUGGGGCAAGGCGCCGGUCGUGACGUACCGCGCGGGGCAGGUCGUCGACGUGGAGUGGUGCGUCGACCACAACGGCGACCACGGCGGCAUGUUCACGUACCGCAUCUGCCAGGACCAGGCCCUCGUGGACAAGUUCCUCGACCCGAACUACCUGCCGACCGAGGCCGAGAAGCAGGCGGCCGAGGACUGCUUCGAGGCCGGCACGCUGAGCUGCACCGACGUCGGCGGGCAGCAGUGCGGCUACAACCCGGACUGCCAGCAGGGCCAGGCGUGCUGGCGCAACGACUGGUUUACCUGCAACGCGUUCCAGGCGGGCGACCGCCGCGCCUGCCAGGGCGUCGACAACGGCCCGCUCGGCGCCUGCUACACGUCCAUCGCCGGCGGCUUCACCGUGACCAAGAAGAUCAAGAUCCCCGACUACGUCUCCGGCCACACCCUGCUGUCGUUCCGGUGGAACUCCUUCCAGACGCCGCAGGUCUACCUGUCGUGCGCCGACAUUGCCAUCACCGGUGGGUCGGGUACCAAUCCCAAGCCUUCUACUACCGUCUCCGCCCCGUCAACCCUGACCACGACGACGAGGGCCUCGACGACGACGACUGGCUCUGGCUGCACGCCCGCGGCGAGCGUCGACGUGACGUUCAACCAGGCCGUCAAGACCAGCUUUGGCGAGACGAUCAAGAUCGCGGGCUCGAUCCCGGCUCUCGGCAACUGGGACACGUCCGCCGCUCCAGCCCUCUCGGCAGCCAAGUACACCAGCUCAAACCCAGUCUGGACGUUGACUAACAAAUUUACUGCCGGGCAGGCGUUUGAAUUCAAGUUCAUCAAGGUGAGCUCGAGCGGAGCGGUGACUUGGGAAAGCGGGCCGAACAGGUCCUUUGCAGUCCCAAAGUCCUGCGAGACGACGGCUACGGUGUCCGCAACGUGGCGGUAG